CUUGUCGUAAGACUCGCUAAGACACUUGUUGGCCAAUGAGAGGGCUCGCUCAAGUGCAAAAGAGCUGUUAACAGCCGCGUCGCGUAGCUGUUUCCCAGAUGUACGUUUCUACGGUAAGUUUUGAUAGAUCUACUCGAGUUCGCCGUCACUCGCUCUCUGACGUGCAGCGGGCGAGGUCCCCAGUUUUGGAAACGCUCAGGGUUACCAUGGGUCCAGAUCCCAGAUAAAUAUGAAGCGAAGGGAGACCGUUCGGUCCCACCCAGUUGUCUCUCCUUCCCUUCCUUCACCUUCCUUUUGAAAAUCAGCUUAUAAUUGUGCCCAUGGGUGAAUUCGACAAAACACUAGGGACCCUCUUGAUAGGGAUAUUCUUCAACACCUACCUCUAUGGUCUUGUUACAUACCAGUUUGCAGCAUACUGCAGAAGCAAUUUCAACGAUCCGUUGCAUGUCAGGACUAUGGUGUGGUCGUUGUUCGUCCUGGACACGUUUCAUAGUGGAUCAGUCAUAUACAUGGCUUGGUCAUACACUGUCACGAACUAUAACAACCCAGCAGCUCUGGCAGUUGCUGAAUGGCCGUACACGUUCACACCCAUUGGUACGGCUGCCGCUGCUCUAGUGACUCAACUCUUCCUUGGGUACCGGAUAUGGCGUCUGAGUGGCAGCGACAUCCUCUUUGCCACCGUGAUUCUAUUGGCUAUCCCAUCUUUUGCUCUUGGGAUGGCCUGCGGUAUCAAAGCAUGGAUUAUCCAAGUGCUUUCUGAGCUAUCCCAACUUAACAACCUUGUGACUGCCUGGCUUGCGAUGCAGGUCUCGAUUGACAUUUUCAUCACCGUUACGCUAACCAUAAUUUUUACACGUUCAAAGACUGGGUACCACAAGACGGAUACCGUUCUUAACCGCUUAAUUCGUGGUGCUAUCCAAACAGGAUUGUUCGCUGGCAUCUUCUCCCUUGGUGAUCUGAUUAGUUUCUUGGUUCUCCCGACGACGAACCUCUACGGGAUGUUUGCCAUUCCGAUAGGCCGUAUCUAUACAAAUACCCUCUUUGACACGCUAUUGACGCGUGAGGAACUUAAGUCACAAAUGGUUGGUACAUACGAAAGAAAAUCAGGGAACGACAUCAGCUGGGCUCAUUCAACUACUGCAAGGGAUGUGUCCAACAUCCAACUGGAGGUCCCAAAAGAGACACCUACAAAUGCAAUCCAGCUCGAGGUUCACACAACAGUACUCACGGAGAGGUCAUCGUUUGACGGGGAUGGUAAGACCAUGGCCCUGUAACGUUAGGCUCGUCACUGGGUCUCCAAGGAUCGACGAAAGCAGCUGCGCCUCAGAACAGUCUUGUACAUAAAGAAUAGGUCCAUCCGUGACAAGCACGCUCUGAGGUUUUUAUCACAAUCUAGAUAUCCGUCACCCAUCAUCAUCAUUAUCAAGCAAAACGAUAUCCUGAAGCAAGUGAACAUUGUCAAUCACUAUUCUGCUGCUCCUUUUGGCGUGCAUAUUAUAAUCGUGCAUAUAUUCUGUCAUUGGCCGACCUUUACAUUGCCUGCGAGUUAUCGAUCGCUUUCACGUGCCGUAAUACCUAUAUAUAUGAGCUCAAUGGUCAUGCGAUGCCACUAUAUCGACUACAUAUUAGUCUUACACUGUCAGUAUCUUGCUAUGGUCGGUACUCGUUAUUUUCAGAGUAUUACGAUCAAGUGAGCGAACAGCUUGGGAGAGGU